GUCAGUCUAAAAAAAGGAGUAGAGUGAACCUUCGUCUGGUCAAAGUGUUCACACCGUCACCUCCAACAGUAUCACUGAAAGGACUCACUGCAGAUUGUUCUGAGUAAAAUCUAAAUAUUUCUGGUUUCAGUAAAAGUCUGAGAAAUGCUUAAGGAGAGUCGACAGACUGAACUGUGCAGAAAUGACAUCUGUGAUCGGACUGUUGCUGAUGCUGAUCACAGUCACUGAUGGUGUGGUGACCCACUGUGAUGGCAGACAGAAUGGAGCUCAGUGUUAUGGAGCUUUGGGAGGAACUGUUUCUCUCCAGCUGAUGGACGACUUCUCAGGAAUACAUAGAUACCAGGUGAAAGCUAAAAACGUGACUGUACUAUCAGGAGGAAAAAAACAACAACCUGUGAUUAUGAGAAAGGACAGAUCUUCAUUUCUUCCCUCUAAUGGAACAUUUUGGAUCCAUAACCUGAGCAGGAAUGACAGUGGUGAAUAUAGACUUCAAACAUUUGAUUCAAAUGGAAAACUGACAGAAAACCGCACCCUACAGUUAUUAGUUCAGGCUCCUGUGUCCUCCGUCUCGCUGGUCUCUGAGUGUUUGUCUCAGGGAGAGAUGAAGGAGUCCUGCUCCUCUGAGGGAGGGGACAGUCCUCAGUACAGGUGGACUCUGAAUGGAAAGUCACUGACAGAAGCUGAGCUGCUUUCUGGAAACAAGCAGACAAACAUCAUCACUUUGAAACAACACGUCUCAGGACGUCUGGUCUGCUCCUCCUGGAACCACGUCAGCUCUGCUUCUAAUGCAACAAACAUCUGUACCUGUGGUUUCAUUUACAUAAACUGCACCUUUAAUGGGACAAAGAUAUCAAAGUGGGUGUUUCAGGAAAACAACACUUUGUGUGUUGAAUCAACAACAGAGGCACAAAGCAUUAUGGUUCACACAGAUCCGUCCGUGCUGAGAUGCAGUCUGAUGUUUCUGUUUUCUGUUGUUUCCUUUGUUGGAAUCGGCGUCUAUUUCAAGUGGAAGAAGAUCAAAUAUGAGAAAGCUGAACAGUUUGCUGCAAGAAACAGAAGAAAGUUUUCAGAGGAUUUCUCUGAAAAUGAACAAACACUGUAAAGUGACGUUGAACCAAAACCAUGGUAACAUCCAAGAGGAAAAGCUGGAUUUGCCUGUACAAUAUCAAUAAAAACACAUUUUAAUGAAUUUCCAUACAUUCAGAGAAUUCUGAUCUGUUUUUAAACUUUCAUAACAUCUAUGAAAAACCAUCAACUGUAAAUAUUAUGCAAGCAAAUACAGGAAGAUCAGUCUUUAGGUUUAUUGCUGUAAAAUAAAAAGAAUCUUUUUAGCAUCAUUGACUAAUUACUACAUUUUAUGGAAAUAUAUUUGUAAUUUGUUUUAUGUUUUACAACAUGGUGACACUGUAAAGUUGAAGGUUUUUUUUUUUUUCAGGUUUUCUUAAAGUGUCUUUUAUAUCUAGAUUCACCUCUUCUUAGACAUAUUCUGAUUUUGUCCUUGCUUUUGAUUCUUUUGUUUUUUUCUAAAAUAAAAUAAUUUUGAGAGAUCUGAAGAGUUUGCAUAGAAGAAAUUAUUUUUUGUAAUGAAUGACUAUGACCAGAGAAAUGCUUGAUUUAUUAAGUCCUUUAAAAUAUAAUAAAGAAACAGUUCACAAAGUGCACAUU